AUGCCAAGCGCCGCUCGUCCCGCGCUGCUAUUGUUCCUGGUCCUCGGCUUCGCUACCAGUGUCUCGGCGUUCGGCGCAGGCUCGGUGGCCAAUGGCAGCAACUUCAAGGAAUUCGUCUGGCGCCAUGGCGACAUCGUAGAGGUCCUGCGCUUCCUGCCCUCGAGCUUCAUCACCAACACCGGCUUCACCCAGCUUCAGCGACGGCAGAUAUACUUCGGAAACUGGCUGCGCGACUUUUCCCAGGUCGUCGACGCGACAUGUCUGGAAAACAUCCCAGAGUCCAUCCUUCGCGCCAUUGUCUCCAUCCUGGCCAUGAUGGAGUUUGGCUACGCGACGGAUGAGUUCGACGUUACGAGAGAGAGACUGGGAUGCUACAGACACGUCGAGCACAUUGACAACCCCUGCGGCUACGGCAGCAACGCUCAGAGCAUCGACCCCCGCCUAAGAGGGCCCGUGGACCCCGUCGAACUCGAGUUUGACCCCGAUAGCGGCAUGAAGAACUACAUCGCAAACACGGGCAACUCGUGGGAAACCUCUGCAGAUUAUGUCCGCGACCAGCUGCGCAAGUCCAUCGACCUCGGUCGUCGCGGUAGGGCCGGCGACCAUGCCGCGCAAAAGGAAUCCUUCAUCCACCUCGGGGCCGCACUCCAUACCCUCGAGGACUUUGCCGCGCACAGCAACUACAUUGAGCUUUGCUUGCAAGAGUUUGGGGAGAAGGACGUCUUUGCCUUUGUUGGUGAUGCCUGUCGCAUCCCUCUCCCCUCGCAUUUCCGAAGCGACCGCAAAGUGCCACCUCUUGUCACGGGCACGUUUGGGAUGCUGGAUAUUUUUCACAGCCUUCUCGGGGAGGCUGAUGAUAUGGCCAUUCUUCAAUCCCAAGGGUCGCUGUAUGAAGUUCAGACGCAUCUCGGCUACGGCGCCACCGCCUUCGACCAGCUCUUUGACGCGAUAGAGAAAGGCAUCGCCUCCAUUCAAACCUUCUCGACGGAAAACAACCCUCUCUUAAGUCAACUAAAAGCGGUGCACUUGAUACUACAGAAAUUCAAGCCUGAUUCGCCCACCACGUCUGAUGAUGAGAGCGGCGCCGACAGCUCUUCUGAAAAUUCCUCCGCCGAAACCAAGAAACCGAAGCACGAGGUUGACCCUUCUAUUGUAUGGCAGGCUCUCGAGCCCUUGUUCUUCUUUCAUGACAGAAUGAAGAAGUGGUUGAAGGAGGUAGCUGCGAGCGAUGACCAAGAAUUCCCCGAAAAUACCAGCUCCGACAUGAGCGAUUUGACCAACCAACUGGUCUUCCGGGCCUUGCGCGUCGUUAUUGAAUCGUCCGUCAAGGAGCUGAGGGCAACCCUACGCGCGGCCAAAGCUAGGGUCGACAAGGAAGCGGCGUCUUCCGGCUCGGCAGCGGUCUACGAUGAGGGCUCCUCCGCUUCAGACCCCAGCCAUUCCGACCUCUCCAAGGACCACUUCUGCAACGUCCUUAACAGGCCAGCGGGCCUCAUCGCCACCGUCACCACAAACUGGACAGCGCAAGAGGUUAUCAAGUGUUGGGACGACAGCGAACUGGACGCGGACAAGGCCAUCGACCAGGUACUCACGAUCAUGCACCACCCGGCGUUCGUCAAGGACAAGUCGCGGAUACAGGAAUACAUGUUCAUGACGGUGGACAAUUGGUGGAGCGAGUUGCCGGACGAGGAGCGCUCGCUGAUCCGGGAGAAGCUCACAAAGGACAGCGUGCAACAGCGCGAGCACGAAGACCAUCACCUGCUCGUGCAGCCCAACGGCCGCCAGGGGCCGGCGCACUUCCCGGGAUCAACGGCCGCGGUCGUGCAGGCUUCUCCCAGGAGAUCGUUUCCGCUGGAAUGGGCACUGAAAGAGGUGGUGGCCGACUCUCUGUGGAUAUUCCAGAUUGUGGUUGGCUACUUGUUGCUGCCGUUCAAGUUGGUCAGGGCGGUUCGGGAAAAGGCGAGUGGAUUAUUUGUGAGAAAGAGGAGCGCCAAGAGCAGGCAGCCAGCAUCACAAUAG